AGCUGCAGUUAGCAUGGAGCCAGCACACAAAAGGUGCUUAAUAAAUGCUUCAUGAACUAUACUUAGCAUGGAGCCAACACAUCAAAGGUGCUUAAAAAAUGCUCCAUGAGCUGUACUUAGCAUGGAUCGAGCACACAGAAGGUGCUUAAUAAAUGCUUCAUUAACUGUACUUAGCAUGGAGCCAGCACACAGAAGGUGCCUAAUAAAUGCUCCAUGAGCUGCACUUAUCAUGGAGCCGGCACACAGAAGGUGCUCAAUGAAUGCUUCAUGAACUAUACUUAGCAUGGAGUCAGCACACAGAAGAUGCCUAAUAAGUGCUCCAUGAGCUGUACUUAGCAUGAGGCCAGCAUACUGAAGGUGCUCAAUGAAUGCUCCAUAACUGUACUUAACCUGGAUCCAGCAUACAGGAGGUGCUUAACAAAUGCUGCAUGAGCUGUAUUUAGUAUGGAGCCAGCACACAAAAGAUGCUUAAUAAGUGCUCAAUGAACUACUUAGCAUGGAGCCAGCACACAGAAGGUGCUCAACGAAUGUUCCAGGGUCUUUACGAGCAUGGAGCCAGCACACAGGAAAUGCGGAAUAAAUAAAUGCUCCAUGAACUACUGGUAUGACACUGGCAUACAGAAAGUGCCCAAUAAAUGCUUAGUGACCCAUAUAUGCUGCAUGGAGUGAUUUGUUCUGAACCAUACACUCAUUUGUUUGGGGGGCAGUCUACAAAGUAACCAUCGGACCUGGGGGGAAAGUUUUUGGUGUGUUUAGUGGAGUUUAACCCCAUUGGGUGGCUGCUUGGCAACGUCCAGCUGAGCUGAUUCCGAGCCUGUGUGGGCUGAAGACAUACUUGCUGCUGUGGUCCCGGCUGCUGGUCCGACAGCCAAGUGUGUGCAGACCUUACCCCCAGCUCUUGGAUGCCUCUUCCCUGCCCAGGCAACCCUUGUCUGUCUUCCCAGCCUAAGUCCCCCAGCACAGACUUGCAUCAAGGCAGAACCAGAUGUCGGAGUCAACUAGGGCUGGGUUGUGUCCCUUCCCACCCGGUGAUCUCUUUCCCUCACCUCCCUGCCCUGUAGCUUCUCCAUCUGUAAAAUGGCCAAUAGCUCCACAUGGCGCUCCGGUGAGGAUUAAACAGAGGUGAUAACGCUUUGAAGAUUCUAAAAAGACACCAAAACUUCGGGAAUUUUUGUUUUGUUUGUUUUGUUUUGUUUUUUUGAGAAUCUCUUUUGUUUUUUGAGUCUCUCUUUGUCACCCAGGCUGGAGUGCAGUGGCACAAUCUCGGCUCACUGCAACUUCUGCCUCCUGGGUUCAAGUGAUUCUCCUGCCUCAGCCUCCCAAGUAGCUGCGAUUAUAGGCCUGUGGCACCACGCCUGGCUAACGUUUGUUUUUUUUUAAAUGGAGUCUCACUCUGUUGCCCAGGUUGGAGUGCAAUGGUACGAUCUCGGCUCACUGCAACCUCCACCUCCCUCAAACCAUUCUUCUGCCUCAGCCUCCCAAGUAUCUGGGAUUACAGGCACAUGCCACCACUCCCAGCUAAUUUUUGUAUUUUUAGUAGAGAUGGAGUUUCACCAUGUUGGCCAGGCUGGUCUCGAUCUGCCUGCCUCGGCCUCCUAAAGUGCUGGGAUUAUGGGCGUGAGCCACUGCACCUGGCCAGGAACGUUUAUUUUUAAGAUAAAGUCAUGUAGCAAUUUCACCUGAGCCCAGCAGAAAUAAGUGCACGUGUUCACCAAAAAAUAUGCACAAAAAUAUUCAUGGGCUGAGUUAUCCAUAAUAUCCCCAAACAGGAGUGUCCCCCUGCAGUGGGUUGGAGAAGUCACUUGUGGUCUGUUCACCCAGUGGAAUACGAUACAGCCAUGAAAACUACCAGUUGCUUGGCCAGGUGCGGUGGCUCACACCUGUAAUCCCAGCACUUUGGGAAGCUGAGGUGGGAGGAUCGCUUGAGCCCAGGAGGUCGGGAUCAGCCUAGGCAACGUGAUGAAACCCUAUCUCUGUAAAAAAUACAAAAAAAUUUAGCAGGGCAUGGUAGAUGGUGCCUCUAGUCCCAGCAUCUCAGGAGGCUGAGGCGGGAGGAUCUCUUGAGCCCAGGAGGUGGAGGCAGCAGUGAGCCAUGAUUGCACCACUGCACUCUAGCCUGAGUGACAGAAUGAGACCCUGUGGAAAAAAUAAAAAAUAAAAAAGGCAGGGCAUGGUGGCUCACGCCUGUAAUCCCAGCACUUUGGGAGGCUGAGGCGGGUGGAUCACCUGAGGUCAGGAUUUCGAGACCAGCUUGGCCAACAUGGUGAAACCCUAUUUCUACUAAAAAUACAAGAAUUAGCCUGGCGUGGUGGCACACGCCCAGCUACUCAGGAGGCUGAGGCAAGAGAAUUGCUUGAACUUGGGAGGCAGAGGUUGCAGUGAGCUGAGAUCACACCACUACACUCCAGUCUGUCGACAGAGCGAGACUCCGUCUCAAAAAGAAAAAAGGUUCAUGAACCACCGAGUCCCUGCCCACAAGAGGUACCAGCCCACAGAGUAUGAACAUGCGGCCAACUGUGCCACCCAUGCUUUCUGGAUCAUCCCCAGCAUCCUGGGCAGCUCCAACCUCUACUUCCUCUCGGACGAUGACUGGGAGACCAUCUCCGCCUGGAUCUACGGCCUCGGCCUCUGCGGCCUCUUCGUGGUGUCCACCGUGUUUCACACCAUCUCCUGGAAGAAGAGCCACCUCAGGAUGGUGGAACACUGUCUACACAUGUUCGACCGGAUGGUCAUCUAUUUCUUCAUAGCGGCUUCCUACGCACCCUGGCUGAACCUUCGGGAGCUGGGCCCCUGGGCCUCCCACAUGCGCUGGCUGGUCUGGAUUAUGGCUUCCGUGGGCACCAUCUAUGUCUUCUUCUUCCACGAGCGGUACAAGCUUGUGGAGCUUCUCUGCUACGUCGUAAUGGGCUUCUUCCCUGCCCUGGUCAUCCUCUCCAUGCCCAACACCGAGGGCAUCUGGGAGCUGGUGACCGGAGGGGUCUUCUACUGCCUGGGCAUGGUCUUCUUCAAGAGUGACGGAAGGAUCCCCUUUGCCCAUGCCAUCUGGCAUCUCUUUGUAGCAUUUGGUGCUGGUACCCACUACUAUGCCAUCUGGAGGUACCUCUAUCUGCCCAGCACCCUGCAGACCAAGGUGUCCAAAUGAGGUGACCCAGACUCCAGAGAUUGUUUGGGCUUUAGGAGUGGAGCACAUUUCUGCGAACGUUAACCCAGAGCACAGCGCCAAGGCCUGUCUUCCCUUCAUUGGGUAGAGUUCUUGAUGGCUCCGAGGUGACUUCUGGUGACAGCCAGAUCAUCCCUCGAGUCCCCAGCGAGAAAGAAAGCAUUUAGCCAUUCUUACAGAGGAGAAAUUAACCCUGUAAUGUGUUUCUAUGUUAGAUGAGCAUUUCCUAAUACAAGCAACAUUAACAUCUUCAGAAAAGGAAGCAGGCGUGGUCCUGGAAAAUUGGGGAAUGACGAGCCAAUCUGUGUUUCUUAAGGUCCUGAGGAAUCUGGCAAGGAGUCCUGUGGGUUGUUUAUACCUGAGUGGCCAGGGCCUCCCUCUCUGCUACCAAAGUUCAGGCUGGCGAAUUGUCUCCGGUUCAGGGAAAGGGGACAGCCCAGCUUGUAGAUGAGGGACGGUGAAUGGCUGUGAGGAUGGCAGACAUCACCAAUCAAGUGCAGCACAUGGGUGAUGUCAGAAUUCUUCCCAGCACAGUGUUCUGGGCAGCCAGUACCAAUCAAUUUGGCACUCAUGAUGGGACCUCUUUGCUCUUCCUGUUUGGUGUGCUCUGAAAUGGGAUAAUGGCCAGAGUAGCUGAAAAUCUCCAAAUGGGCAUUUGCAUGCCUAUCUCCUCAUCUCCCCCUCCCUUUUGGGAAGCUCCUGGAGUAGGCAGUUUGGGGACAGUAGAGGGAAACUGAGGCACACCCCCAUUUAGCCCCUGAUGUUCUGUUCCACCGUAGUUGGUUCUCAGUACAGUUGGGGAUGAGGAUGCUGUUACUUGGCCAUUUCUUCCUAUCCCCAAAAAUCCAGAGACAUUACAAGAGCCAUUCAUUCAUUAGAUGGGGCAAACAGCCCCCGGGCACUUGCUCCCUGUUCCAUACUUAAGGUUUGUGAUGCCAACAUUUGGAUUCUCUCUUGGUGCCAAUCAGUGGCUGUUAGAGGCUACUCAGGUGUACCCCAAAGGGAAGGCGCACAGAUCUGGGGAGACUGUUCCAGGUCCCCUCAACCUCUGAAGUGCCCAGUAGCCCAACAACAAGGCUUCUGGGGGCCUGUUCUUCAGCCUCGGUCAGGGUGGGGCCAGCCUCUCUGUGCAAUGCUGCCCGGACAUUUACUGGGGAGGUGAGUAGCAGGCGCAGCUCCAGGAUCUGAAUUGGAAUCUCAGAUUCUCUGGAUAAAGAAUCUGUCUCAAGUCAGGAGGUCCUUAUUCUGCGACUCCCAGCCAGAGUGGAGAGGGCACGGACAGGAUGCCUUAUGCUUAUCUCUAGCACAUUCCAGGGGGUUCCAGGGCUCCUGCACCUGGAAUCCUGUGUGUCCAAGCCAGUAUUAAAUUAUCUCGACACAUUCCACA